CCCAAACCAUUUUGAGGCGGAGCACGCACAUCCCUCUUCCCCGUUGACAAUAGACUAUGUAACGUCGGUGACCGUUCGGCUUAGAUGAAAAUCACGCGCUUGGCAUGUAGGAACUUGUUUACCUUUCCAAUCGACUGUAACUCGUAGCAAAACACUUAUAGUCUCUCUCUCGAGUUCCUACUUUUCCUUUUCUUGUGUGUACGCGCAAAUAAAAAAUCGUAACCCCGUGAUUGCCACCACCCUCCUGGCCUUCCUUCUUGUUGGUUAGCUGAAAUCGGAAUCGGGAAAAAAAGAUUGGCCGAGAUGGUGGCAGACCAAGAGACAACUCAGUUCACUUAUCAGUAUUCUCCCAUAAGUCUAGCUGUAGGGAGUGAAGAAACAGUUGGCGAAGAGGAAGUUGUCAAAGAAGAGGAAGUAACCAUGUUAGCCGAUGUUAAGAGUGCGACGGGCAUCGUUCAGCCCGUCAAAUGUGAAUUGAACAAAUCGACAUCGAUGGAAACUAAAGUGUAUCGAAGACGGUGGAUCAUGUUGGCUCUUUUCGUUCUCGUUUUCAUGACCAACGCCUUCCAGUGGAUUCAGUUCUCCAUCAUCAAUAAUUUAAUCACAAAAUAUUAUGGCGUUGAAAGUUCAACUGUUGAUUGGACAAGCCUGGUGUUUAUGGUCGCUUACAUUCCUUUAAUCUUCCCCGGAGCCUGGAUUAUGGAUAAGAUGGGUCUGCGCGUUACUUUAUUACUCGGAGCUUUCGGAACGACAGCAGGAGCUUGGACCAACGUCAUGAGCGUCGCUCCUGAUCGGUUUUACGUCGCAUUGAUGGGUCAAACGCUUUGCGCUACGGCUCAAGUCUUUCUUUUAGGUGUGUCUCCUAACGUAGCGGCCGUCUGGUUUGGUCCCGAACAAGUUUCAUCGGCAUGUGCCAUCGGCGUCUUCGGUAGUCAGGUCGGCAUAGCUCUAGGUUUUCUCAUACCACCCAUUUUAGUGAAGGAUCACGAAUUGAAAGAUGAUAUCGGUGCGGAUUUGCUUUUCAUGUUUUACAUCGUCGCCGGAGUCUCUACCCUCCUAUUGUUGGUCGUUAUCGUUGUAUUCCAAGCGAAACCUAGUUUGCCACCAAGCGCUGCCCGAUGCCUGGUUUCUCAACAGCCAUCGCCCACCCCUUUGACCUACUAUCAUUCCGUUAAAAGGAUUGUUACUAAUCGUGACUAUAACCUUUUGUUGCUCACUUACGGUAUCAACGUUGGCGUAUUCUACGCCAUGUCGACCUUGUUGAAUCAGGUCGUUUUGCAACAUUUUCCGGGAGAGGAGGAGAAUGCUGGCCGAAUCGGGUUGACUAUCGUCGUAUGCGGUAUGUUUGGUUCGGUUCUGUUCGGAGUGAUUCUCGACAGGACCCAUAAAUUCAAGGAAACUACUCUGGCCGUCUACGUUUUUGUUUUAGCCAGUAUGGCAGCGUACACUUUCACCUUCAAGUUGGAACACAUCGCUGUCACAUUUGUCACGGCCGGAGUAACGGGGUUCUUUAUGACGGGAUACUUGCCAGUGGGAUUCGAAUUUGCAGCCGAAUUGACCUAUCCCGAGCCCGAAGUGACGUCAGCCGGACUGCUUAAUGCAUCCGCUCAAAUGUUUGGCAUUAUUUUCACUAUUCUCGGAGGAUGGUUGUUGGGUAAUUACGGCUCUUUGGUAUGCAAUGGAACCAUGUUAGCCGCGUUGUUGGUCGGCGCUGCCCUAACGCUGCCCAUCCGCGCCGAACUCAAGCGUCAAAAGGCUAACCAGACAGCCGAGAACAAGCCAACAAAAGAUGCAAAGGAAGCAAUUAAAGACGGGAAUCCUUGAAGUCUUAUGUAAAAUACUGUUUUCUCUGGCCAGGGGCUUUCCCGUUGCAACAUCGUUUCAUAUCUGAUAUAUAUGUUUCUGCCAAUCUAUUUCCACACUGACGGUAUCUUAUUAUUUUACCCUGUUUGCACGAUCCGUGUGAUUUCUAUUCGUAUUUAAAUUAAAUUAACGUAUUGUUCUAAGCGGAAAAAUCACAUUGAAGUGGCAGUACACAAAUAAUGAGAAACUA